GAAAAGAUCCGCAGUAAGCUGGAGGAGAUGCAGUUUUCCUCGGCCACAACGGACCUGUGGUCCAGCCGGACGAUGCAGCCAUAUCUGAGUCUGAUGGUUCACUACAUCAACACUAGUUGGACUCUGCGCAGCAUCUGUCUUCAGACAGCGUAUUUCCCAGACAACCACACUGGUGACAUAAUUGCCCAUGGCUUAAAAGACGCUCUCAGCUCCUGGGGACUUUUGGAGGAACGACUCGUCUGCAUGACAAUUGAUAGUGGCACCAACAUCAUAAAAGCCCUUAAAGACAACAACUGGCCCAGCUUGCAGUGUUUUGGCCACAGACUCCACAAUGCUAUAGAGAAUGGUGUAAAGGAUCUAAGGAUCAAUCGGGCCAUAGGGGUCUGGAAAAAAGCUGUAUCAGCCUUCUCCUACAGCUGGAAAAAAAGGCGAGACAUGACAGAGUUGCAGGCUGAGCUUGGACUUUCCCAGCAUCUUUUGAUCUCAGAAUCCCCAACACGUUGGGGGUCUCUUCAAAAGAUGAUUGAGCGUUUUCUCAAGCAAGAGAAGGCAAUUACUCGUGUCCUGGGUGCGGACAAGAAAACGCAUCAUCUUGUUCCCACGUGGCAAGAUUUGGAAGUAUUAGAAGCCACCAACAAAGCAGUGAAACCUCUCCAGGACUUCACUGAUGCACUGUCAGGGGAAUCAUAUAUCAGUGUGUCAUGCAUCAAACCAGUGCUGCAUUUGUUUAAAACAAGUCUCCUCCUGCCAGAGGAGGAAGAUUUGGAGCUAACAAAAACAAUCAAAGCUAACAUCAUGCGUUACCUCGAAAGUCAAUUCUGUGAUUUGGAGAAAGAGGAACUUUUGGACAUGGCGACACUUUUAGACCCGAGGUUCCGUACAACCUACAUUGAUGCUAGCAAACUGGAAGUUGUUAAAAAAGAGCGGUGUCUGAGAUCUCUGCAACUCUACCACAGAGGAAGCUGGUCCCUCAGCUGUUCAAGAGAACACCCCACCAAAAAAGAAAAUGACUCUGGGUGUCUUCUUUAA